AACAAAAACACACACACACACAAAGAGAGAGAGAAAGUAGAAAAUGAGUGAGAUUCUCGUAUAAGCACACUUUGGGAGCGUAUUUCUCGUGAGUAGUAGUCCCAAAAAUGCUUUAUAGAGUGGCAGCCUAUUACCCUAUACACCACACUGUACUAAACCCACCUGCUGUCUGAACACCCACCUGGGACCAACCCCAUUCUUUCUUCUAAUCAAUCUAUAUAUCUCACACAAAAGAAACAGAAAAAAAAAAAAAACCCAUUUUCUUGAUUUUCAGUUGGCAAAAUUUUCAAGAAACAGAAAAAAAAAACCCCAUUUUCUUGAUUUUGAGAGAGCAAAAAUUUCAAGAAAAUGAUGUGGGAGUCGCCGGAAAGUUCUUCUGCGGCGGCGGGCGGUGGUGGAAGUGGUGGAGGAGCGGUGGCAAGUGGUGGUGCUGGUAGGAGGAAACCAUCAUGGAGAGAAAGAGAGAAUAAUAGGAGAAGAGAAAGGAGAAGAAGGGCAAUUGCAGCUAAGAUUUAUAGUGGUUUAAGAGCACAAGGGAAUUAUAAUCUUCCUAAACAUUGUGAUAAUAAUGAAGUUCUUAAAGCUCUUUGUGCUGAAGCUGGAUGGAUUGUUGAGCCUGAUGGCACUACUUAUCGCAAGGGAUGCAGGCCAACUCCAAUGGAGAUUGGAGGCACUUCAGCCAACAUUACUCCAAGUUCUUCACGACAUCCAAGUCCCCCAUCUUCAUACUUUGCUAGCCCAAUUCCCUCUUACCAACCCAGUCCAACAUCCUCGUCUUUCCCUAGUCCAUCACGUGGCGAUGCCAACUUGCCCCCUCACCCGUUUGCAUUUCUCCAUAAUUCCAUUCCUUCGUCGCUACCACCUUUACGAAUAUCGAACAGUGCCCCUGUAACGCCACCUCUUUCAUCACCAACUAGACACCCUAAGCAAACAUUUAAUCUUGAGACUCUGGCCAGAGAAUCGAUGUCUGCUUUGAAUAUCCCUUUCUUUGCUGCUUCAGCCCCAACUAGUCCAACUCGAGGUCAGCGAUUCACUCCUGCCACUAUACCGGAAUGCGAUGAAUCUGAUACGUCCACUAUUGAUUCUGGCCAGUGGAUGAGCUUUCAAAAGUAUGGAGCCAAUGGGGUCCCAAUGUCUCCGACUUUUAAUCUUAUUAAACCUCCAGCUCAGAGAAUUCCUUCAAAUGAUAUGAUCAUCGACAAGGGUAAGAGUAUAGAGUUUGACUUUGAGAAUGUAUCAGUGAAGGCUGCAUGGGAAGGAGAAAAGAUUCACGAGGUUGGUUUAGAUGAUUUGGAGCUCACACUCGGACAUGGGAGUGGUCGGAUGUGAUUUUCAUGAUCAAAAGAACAAGACAAGGAUGUUCGUGUUUCAUCUACAAUUUCUGUUUGCAGAGAUGAAGUUGGCCAAAUGUAGAUCUUGCAUGUAAUGCAUCUUAGGAUGGAUUUGAUGUUCUCUGUUGCUGUUGCAGUUGCUGUUGCUGUUUACCUUAUAUAGAAACAUUUUUUUACCUUUUGUUCUUAAUCUGUGGAAGUCCCUUAAGUUUAUUUGGGUCUUGUCACAAGCAUUUAGGUGUAGAUAGAUGGUGGUUUCUGUCUCCUUGUGGUUGAGAAUUGUUUUAAGUCAUUGUAGCCUAGCAAGAGUUCUCCACAAACCUGAACUAUCCACAAUUUUUUUCUUGAUUAUAGUAGAUCUCUUUGUUGCUGUGCAA